CAGUUUAUGCAAAUCCUUUCCGGAAAGUAAAGCCGCUCUCUGCAGCUCUCUCUCUCUCGCUUCUUCUUCUUCUUUCUACCCUCGUAUCCGACAAUCAUCCCUCCUCCUCGCCUCUCUUUCACCUCCCUCUCCGUCUCCUCUCUCUCUCUCGUCGCUCGGAAGAAGGAGUUCAAGGAGGAUCAGAGUAACGAUUUGGGAAGGCGACUGUGGUUGAGGAGGAAACUCGACAGUGGACGUCCGCACGCGGCACACGCUCGUGAUCGUGGCGAUAGCGAGCGUCUCCUGGGUUUACAUCGUCUUCAAGUUGUCAUCAUCAUCAUCAAACUCAUGAUCGUCAACUAAAGUUAUCAUCGUCUUGAUCAUCAUCCUUGCUCACGAUCAUCUUUGAACUUACCAAUCGCCACUCAUCAAACGUAUCCAUCACCAAACGCAACAAUCAUCAAAUCAUCAUACCAGUAAUUAAUCACCAAUUAAUCGUGAAACCUAUCAUCAUUAACAGGCAUCGCCCGUCAAUAACAUUUCCGUAUCAUCAUCACCAUCAUCACCGCCGUGGUUGGUGUCUUGCAACGAGAAGACGAAGAAGACGCAAGCUUCUUCUUGUGCGAAGACUUCCCGUGUUUGUGUUCAUGUCCUCGUCCCACUAACGUCACCUGCACAGCCAUGAGCGAGAUCUCACCUGCCCAGCACAUCAUCAAGGCCGAGGGCAUCAGCUACACGCCGCCACUGAGUCCGCUGCCGGCGCCGGGCAGCGCACGGACACAGCCCAGCCUCCGGCUCAGCAUGGCGCCCAAGGAGGCCGGCCGCAUCCCACUCAACCUCGCCGCCCACCCAUUCAUGUGGAGCAAAGAGGACGUGGCUCAGUGGCUGCGCUGGGCCGAGGAGGAGUUAUCUCUGCGAGCGGUCGACUCGGGGCAGUUCGAGAUGAACGGCAAGGCGUUGUGCCUGCUCACCAAGGACGACUUCCGCUACCGCUCCGCCAGCGCUGGUGACGUCCUGUACGAGCUGCUGCAGAGAAUACUGGCCAAGUCCAAGUGUCAGCCGUGGAGCACCCUGCAGCUCUGCUUUACAGAUUCUUCGCCGCAGCCCUCGCAGCGCUUCACCGUCCUCAAGGACUCUCCCGUGGGCACGCCGCGGCCUUCUCCGCAGUACCGGGCGGCUUCCAACGGCACCGGCGGCGGAGGAGACGCCGCCGCCGCCACGGGCGCCGGCGGGACGCCGCGCGCCAGCCCCGACGACGCCGUCACGCGUGCCCCCCCACAGCCGUCGUCGCACCGAGACGGCAACUGCCGCCCCGUUGUGUUUUCAUCGCCGCGGCCCGACCCCCAUCCCCUCCAGCUCCACAUCCACCAAAACCACCACCAGCAGCAGCUGUACAAGCAGCAGCAUCAUUACCAGCAGCAACAGCAGCAGCAGCUGCAGCAGCAGCAGCAGCAACGCCUGCUGGGCCCGGUGCAUGCCGUGCGCUUCGCGGGAGCAGACAGCGAGGAACAGCCGCUCAACCUGUCCCACCAGCCACAGGAGGCCUCCUCGUCCGACCAGCCGAUAGGCCGCAUUGCAGACUGCCGCCUGCUGUGGGACUACGUGUACCACCUGCUGUCGGACUACCGCUACGAGAGCUACAUCCGCUGGGAGGACCGCGAGCUGCGCGUCUUCCGCAUUGUGGAGCCUAACGGGCUGGCGAAGCUGUGGGGGAUGCACAAGAACCGGGUGAACAUGACGUACGAGAAAAUGUCACGAGCGCUGAGACACUACUACAAGCUCAACAUCAUCAAGAAGGAGCCCGGCCAAAAGAUGCUCUUUAGGUUUCUCAAGAGCCCAGAGGAGAUUGUGCAGAGCAAAACCGACAAGCUUGAGCGCAUGGAGGCGUGCGAAGCUGAUGGCCCCGCCUUCAAGGACGAGGGCGACUCCUUCAAGGACGAGGGCGACUCCUUCAAGGACGAGGGCGACUGGUGAGGGGGCGACGACUCGGCGGGGGAACGGGCUCAUCCACGCGGCGACCGGCAGAGAUGGGAAAGGCGGCCGGGCGUUGAACACCAGCUUCUGCAGCCUCUUUGCACUCCUUUUUCAUCGGCGCAUCCCAGCCAAGCCAGCCGCAGGACCUUUCGACGGCACACGGGUGGGUUUCCCGCUGGCUAUUUGCCGGGCCAAGCCGGAGCCAAACCGUGGCCCCCCAGGUGAAAACUCUGGCCUCUUAAAGACAUCGCAGUGGGGCUCGGGAACGAGCGGGGCCAGGCGUGACGUUGGUCGGUAACACUGCGAGGAUGCAACGUCACCACGUCACCAUGUCGUCUCGGACUUGCUCGUUGCGCGGCUCGGCCUCCGCAGUGGAAAAACGACCUGGUGCCUCCAAAGCUGUGCCGAGUUGGCUCAGCGUCGCACCACCAGCAACGACUCGGUUGUGCAGUGGAAAAAGAGGUGUAGGGUUAGCAUUGUGAAAACAUAUCUCCCUUUUCUAUUCCAGUACUCUUAUUAUUAUUUCAUCACUUCCACACAGGUGCUGUUGGAUGUGCCUUAAGUGCGGUGCUCACUUGGGGAAAACGAGUUUCCGCUGACCUCUGCGCGCCUGGCUCUCUAGGCGGUAACUCUCGCGAAAAAAAACUGUUUUUACCGAGAGCUGAAGACAAUUCUUCGCAGCCUGCGUUGUGCGACAUCCGGAGAGCCCUGGCGGCGGUGGACGUCCGUGCCUAUCAUCGACGGGACGAGAAAACCAAACGGGCUCAAGACGCAAUGAGCCACCUCACCAGGGCCAGUGCGCCAACGACACUUGUACAUCGCGGAUUCACGGAGACAUACGAUUGUGUUGGGAAUUUUUAAAAAGCGCUCUUCACCGUUAACCCUCAAACGAACACAAAAAAGACACAAACCACGCACUGACGAAAAAUCAGAAGAUGCGAAACUUCUGAUUAAAACCCCCGUCAAAAGCUUUGAGCUGUUGGGGAAACUGCAGAGUGGAUUGGUACGAAGUUAAAAAACAAAAGGACACGGCUGGCGUUUCUGUCGUCACAAACAGCAACAACCAUCAAACGUUUCUUGUACACACGGACUUUAGUUUGUUGAGGAACUGCUUUCGGUUCUUCUAUACACACGUUGGUCAAAAUAUUGCACGGUUUUUUUUUAUCAGAGUGCACUGUGUAUUUGUGCAAAUGACAUUGAACAGAAAACAACCAUUGUGCCUAACUUUAUUGUUGUUUGUUUGGGGGUUACGGGUUCGCAAGGUACUGUUAUAUCGCAGGAUUAAAAUGUACUUGAUGUUUCUCGCUUAAGUCAACGUCUUAUGAUGAAACCGCGGCACGACGAGGGUGUGUAAUAAUUUUCCUGGUGGCGGGUUUGAUUCUGAGAAUAGCCGUGCGAAAAGCAUUAAUAAUGAAUUACUGCGUGCAUUGCAAUUGGACGUUUUAAAGGCAUUUGGAAGAUUCAAAGGGGCGGUUCACAAUAUUUACACCAUUAUUAUUUUUCUAAAGGCAACAACAAGACGAGGCGCGCGCUAACGAACACGACCCAGCCGUGCCGGUUAAGAUGCUGUUUGUGCAACGCUGCCCAGUGUAGCGCCGUGCUGAAACUGUGCAAGCACUCGGGCAGAUGCACAAGUCGCUGACAACACACACCGAACGCUUUCCCCCUCUGCUCUUUCUUGCAAGGACAAUGAUUGUAUCGGUGCUGGGCAAGGUGGCUCAGUUUGGGGGUUGAACUAUACGUGAACGAGUUCCUGUGUUGUAAAUAUAGAAACUGUUUUUAUCGACUUACGUUUUAUUUUUUUGUGCAGACUUUAUAUUGUUAUUUAUGCUUUGGUAGCGGAUGGGGGUUGUUAAAGAGUUGAUUUUUUUCCCAGUUCCUUUUUUUUUGGUUCAUGUUGUUUCCAAAUUAUUAUAUAUAUAAAAAAAAUCCGAUGAUGACACUGGAUCCAUUGUAAAGAGUCACUGCGUCCUCUAAGUUUCUCACACUUCCGUGUUACACCGCUCCGCCCCCCUUCCCGUGUCUGCGCCCUCACCCCUUGCGCACAGUGAAUACGUUCGUGACCAACAUCGUUAAAACAUUUGAGGCAUCAAAUAGGCUUGUUACAUUACGAGUGAAAACAGAACAACGACAGUGUCACAAGGCAGUUGAUGAACAGGCAGGAAGACUUGAGCUCGGUAGGUUUGUGUUUAUUGAGUGUCACUUUGACAACAGAGAAACACUUUUAAUAUUUGGUUUGAACGUAACUUUUAAUAUGAUUCAUUCCACCGAUUAAUUUCAAGAUGAGUGCAUAAGUUAAAAGGGAAAAUUACUUCAGAACGCCCGUAUCUGCGACCACGCAGGACUUCCGCAGAGGCUGGGAUAAAACACGUUUGGGGUUUCCCAGUGCCCGAGUCGAAAGUUCACAUCUCCCUGGUUGCUCAUUUAGACCCUCGAAAGGGUUAUUUUUUAGUGCGCGUACACUGGGGCAAAGUGAACACACGAUUCUACAUUCCCCACUUUGGAUGUUUAGGGGCAGCUGCAUGGCCCAACCACAAUGGCCUAGCAGUAACACUGACCCACCAGCCCAGGUUGCAACAAAGUCACAAAGGAUGGGAUUCCAAGGGUAACAAUUUGUAGAAUUUUGCGAGGGAGUUUCCAAAGAUAUAUAUAUUUUUUAAUGAGUAGACCAUUAAGCAGCGCCUUCAGUGUUUUAUAAUCAAACCAAAUAUUUUACUGAAAGUGCCAAAUAACCGCAAAAAUAAACAAGCCCACAUCGCCACUCUUGUUAAUCAGUUUCCCUUUUCACAACAGGCAACAAGUUGGCGAUGGACUCUCACCUGGGUUAAUAAAAGGCCGUUGACUUU